GUCAUCACCUCACUACCAGUUUCAGUCAGCUGAGCAUCUUGUAACAGUUCUUGUGAGACUGAUUCUGAUUGGAGCGUGGUUCAGCUGCUUCCUGUCAGUGGCACCUACUUCCUGUUGUCUUCCUGAUGGACCCCCCGUCGUACAUCGCUCAGUCCGAGGCUCCCCACUAUCCCCCCGAUCCCACGACCUCCAUAGUAACCAUCCCCUCCCUUCCUCCCUACCACCCAACACCAACCACACCCCCACCCACCUACGGAGAAGCAGUCAUCAUGCAGACGGACCCGUUUCCUGUCCUGACUCCGCCCACCAGGCAGUCACUACCCAGUCAGGAGCAGACUGGCUUCUUCCUCUACCAAUCAACACAAACUGUCAACAUGGAGACAGUGCAGCAGCAUUCCCCGACGGUGGUGAUCAUCCAAUCAGAGGCUGUGGGUCCGAUGGGCGACGCCCCCUGUAUGACACAGUGUUCUAACUGUCAUCAGCGCGUCACGACGGUCGUCACCAACAGACCUGGCUGGGCUGCAUGGGCCAUGUGUGGCCUGCUGACACUCAUGGGGUUCAUCUGCGGAUGCUGUCUGAUCCCGUUCCUGGUCGCAGGGUUCCAGGACGCUCAUCACUCCUGCCCGCUCUGCCACGCCCACCUCCACAAACACACCAGGAUGUGACAUCAUCACUACAUGCCAUGACAUCCUCACUACAGGACGUGACAUCAUCACUACAUGGCGUGAUAUCAUCACUACAGGAUGUGACAUCAUCACUACAGGACAUGACAUCAUCACUACAGGAUGUGACAUCAUCACCACAAGAAGAGAAGGAUUGGUGACAUCAGAAGGCCUAGUCAGAGAAGGCCUACACCAGUCCAGGGCUUUAAACCACUGGACUGGUGUAGACUGGGUUAGGGGAUAGAGAGGUUACAGAAGUUAGGGUUCAGAGGUUAGGGUUCAGAGGAGGGAAUGAGAACAUGGCUGUUGGGUUGAAGCCUGAUUACAACAUGAAUUUACACUGUAUUAAAUGUCACUGUAUUCAAUAUAUUAACUAUAUCAUUUAUCAUACUGAACACGGUAUUAACUACAUUAUUUAUUUAUUAAAUAGUGUAUGAAUUAUAUUGUAUGUUAUAUUUCAUAUGGUAUUAAAUAUAUUAU